AUGAAAGCAUCGACCACGACGGUCACAACAGAUCCAUUUGCGUGGAAGACGUCAAAGGGAGCCUGUAUCUCCGCCGGCAAAGGCGAGAUCAAUACAGGCAUGGCCAAUGUGGGCAACAUGUCCUCAAAAGACUGCCACGAAGCGUGCCGAAACCAAAUCCGAUGCACUGCAUUUCAACUGGCAUUGACUGGGCCUGGCAUUGGUGUUUGCUCCCUUCACACAGCUGCCUCGGUCACAGGAGGCACUGGCACAGAGGGAGCCAUCUGCAGCAUCAAGCCCAUGCUGGUUAGCUGCGGGCAGCAUAACAGCGAGGAUUGUGCGGAGGGCUAUGCAGUGGCCGACUACCACAAGUCCAUGCUUGGAUUCUGUCAGAAGUGCAUUGCCAGCGACGGGGACUCGCUGCUCCGGGACAGGUGUCAACUCUGCUGCGAGAAGUGUCCGUUCAGCCAGGAUGCCGGAAUCCUGCCAGGACCCCUGGUUGGCGGCGAGGGCAAGACAAGUCUCGUCUGCGAGCCCAACACUUUUGAUUUGGAUGACAACGUGUCCAACGGCUGCGAGGCAGGCUGUCCGGCUGUCUUUGGGGCGAAGUGUGUGGAGUGCCCCACUCCGACGAACUGCACGCAGAUGAGCUGCAAGGACAACUACUACGACGAGGAUGGAAACAUCAGCAAUGGCUGCGAGGUCCUCUGUCCGAGCGUGCACAACGCCGUGUGCAAGAGGUGUCAAGAUAGUAUUUGCACUCUUUUCGAUUGCAAGCCUGGCUUCUUCGACGGCGACUUCAACGUACGAAAUGGUUGCGAGGCACCCUGUCCUGAGGUGCCCUUCGCCGACUGCGUUCUUUGCCAGGGGCCCUGGGUCUGCAAGGACUACAAAUGCCAUGCGAAUAGAUUCGAGGUGGAUCAAAACUACUCGAACGGCUGCGAAGCGACAUGCCCUUCCCGGCCGCAUGCGUCCUGCCCCGAGUGCCACAAUCCUUUCAAGUGCGCGAAGGCGCUGAGCUGCGACAAGGACUGGUACGAUGCCGACGCGGUCGAAGAGAACGGCUGUGAAGUGCAAUGUCCGAGCGUCAAGCGUGGCACCUGCCUUGCCUGCAGCGGGAAACCUUUGGAAUGCUUCGACAUCCUUUGCGACGGCAGCUGGUUUGACGUGGAUGGCAAGAUCGAGACGGGCUGCGAAGUCACUUGCGCCCCAGUCCCGCACGGAAACUGCACCAGCUGCAGCACUCCGGAGAAGUGUACAACUGUCUCCUGUGACGUGAAUCGCUUCGACUCGGACGGGAUCGUGGAGAAUGGCUGUGAGGCGACCUGCCCUUCGGUGGCGAAAGCCAAGUGCACCAACUGUAGCAGCGCCACCACCUGCACCAUGCUCUCCGCAUGCGAGGACAACUUCUUCAACGACGACGGCGAUGCACGGAAUGGCUGCGAAGCGACCUGCCCCUCAGUCGCCGAUGGCACCUGUGAUGCCUGCGCCACAUCGUCACAGUGCACUGCUCUGACCUGCAAUGCAAACUUCUUCGAUGUGGAUGGCGAUGCAAUGAAUGGAUGUGAAGUUGGCUGUCCGCAGCUGGCACAGGCCGACUGUGUGAGCUGUGACAGCCCGUCGCUCUGCCAAGCCCUGCGCUGCCAUCGGGACUGGGCCAGCCGAGAUGGCGACGUGAUGAACGGCUGUGAGAUGCAGUGUGGUCAGGUUCCGCAUGCCAGCUGUGUCGACUGCCAGACGGUGGGAACAUGCUCGCAG